GAUUCAUAAAGCUACCAACCGCACAAAGCCUCUCUUUUCUUGUUCUUCACCCAUUUCUCUUUGCGGACUUUGGUUUGAAGCUCUCAGCCAGCUCCAUUAAUGGCGUCCUUCCUCAGUUCUUCCACAUCAAUUUCUUCCCUGAGAAUACCCACCUCUCCUCUGCUCUCUCAAACCCAAACUCUUUUGCCUUUUAAUCUCUCACAAUCACAAUCUUUCUCUUCUCCAGCAUUACGAUCUUCAUCAUCCGUCUCAACUACCUCCAACAACUCCACAAUCACAUCACUUCUCUUCAAAAAAUCCAAACCCAACUCAGAUCAUCCCAAAUCCGCAAGAGUACAAGAACUGUUCGUGUACGAGAUAAACGAGCGAGACAGGGGAAGCCCAGCAUUCCUAAAACUAAGCAAGAAGGCUGAGAAUUCACUGGGGGAUUUGGUCCCAUUCAGCAACAAGCUCUACUCCGGCGACCUUCAGAAGCGGCUCGGCAUAACGACCGGCCUCUGCGUCCUAAUUCAGCACUUGCCUGAAAAGAAAGGGGACCGCUACGAGGCCAUCUACAGCUUCUACUUUGGCGAUUACGGCCACAUAACCGUCCAAGGCGCCUACUUGACUUAUCAAGACACCUACUUAGCCGUUACCGGCGGCAGUGGCAUCUUUGAAGGCGUUUCCGGCCAGGUCAAGUUGCAGCAGAUCGUUUUCCCUUUUAAGCUGUUCUACACCUUUUAUUUGAAGGGGAUCGCGGAUUUGCCGGCUGAGUUGUUGGGGAAGCCUGUUCCGCCGUCUCCCACCGUCGAGCCAGCUCCUGCGGCCAAGGCUUGUGACCCUUCCGCCGCCAUUCCUAACUUUACCGAUUGAGGCUUUUAGUGCGGAACUGCUGGUUUUAUAGAUGGUUGUUUAGCGAUGUAAUAUGGAGUGAAGUUUGUGUUUUGUAAUAGUUUUCAUUUUCUUUUUUCGGAUUUCCUUAAUGAAAAAUUGUUUGGAAAACCUGUAUUAAUAUUUUAUUCAAACUCAGUAUUCCCACAUUGCUAAAAAGACA